UCGUCGCGUCGAAACAAAAUCCUGGGCCCAUUGAUGCUCCGUCACGUGUGCGAUUAAUAAAUCCAAUGGUGCGUUUGUUCGUAUGUUCUUGAAUCACCAUAGGCUGGUGAUUCAGUUGUGUCGUCUCGUACAUACCCUUGGCGCAGGGGAGGAUGGUGUUUCGUGCGUGUUCCGUCGGAAAUGGAGGGUGUACCGAAGCUCGUUCCUUAUCAAUAGGUUAUCCCAAGUGAAACAACAAAGCCGUCAUUCAUCGGCAUGAAAGUAUCAUGAUUUUGAAAUUGAGGACAGUGAGUGCCGAAUGGCCGCGAUAAAAUAGUGAACACGUUGUGUGUGUACAUUGUCGUUCGGUAUAAUGCGAUUGAAAAUAGCCAAGUCCCUGCUGAUGGUCGUUCUGCUGGGCAACGUGAUCAUCUGGUACAGGAUAUGGCGGCUCUUCGCGGUAGAACAGUCGCAUUCGUUGCUGGACAUGGGGGCCGUGGUGGCCACGGAAGUUCCGCAAAAGCUACACCGUAGAUUGGCCAAACUGGUAACUGUCGUCAUUCGUCAAUUCGAGAGUUUCGAGAACGAGGUCGCGAGCACGGUGAGACUGAUAAUCAACACAUUUCCCACGAUGGCGGUCGUCAUCGUCAGCGACGAGUUUUUGUAUCCACCCCUCGAGCUGGACUUUAGCAACGACAGCCUGAGAAACGUCCAUCUCGUCUAUCUUCAGCCGAGCUUCAAUGCCUCCCUCGAAGAGAGGAGUCCUUUGACUUACGUGGACACCAGGUUUGUCGCCUUUCUCCCGGACGCCACGAAACUCACGACCAAGCAGACUCUCCAGGAAGCCGUGAAUCAAGCUGGAAAACUGGGUCUAGUGGCGGUGCCGGUUGGAAAAAGUUCCUUGGGCUGUCACAACAACAAACUGAGGGUCAAGGAGUGGAGCUUGAGGAUCGCGAAGACCACUGGCACGGAGUGCGACGCCGUUGUUGGGAAGCACGUGACCAUCGUCGACGUCGACAGAGUGUUGAGGAAAUUGUCGGACCCGUUUCUCAUGCCGUUCACCGAUGCGCUCUACCUACAGACCACGGCGCUGGGAAUCAAGGUGAACAUUUUGAAAAACCUUCGCUUCAACGACGGCAAGCCCCUGUACCGCAGCCAGCAGGCCCAAUGGAGGCUCCAGCAGCUCCACAGGAGCAGGGAACGUGCGAUGUACGAAAAGUUGGGUGUGAAAAAGGUGACGCGUAGCCCGAGCAACGUCGAGUGGUACGGUUGCACGCGAGAGACGAGCCAUUGUUUCGGCUCGGUUGUCAACGGCGUGCCCAGCUACCUGUACCAGAACCGGUUCACGCCACCCUGCUGUUUGGCUGGUCUUCGCAAGGUGGCCCAUCACGUUUUCGACAAGCUCGAGGAGGUGGGCAUAAGGUACUGGCUCGAGUCCAGCUCGUUGCUCGGUGCCAUGCGCAACGGGGACAUCCUGCCCUGGGACCACGAGGUCGUCGUCGGUGUCAAUAGGGACGACAUUGGUAGGUCGCCCUGGUUGGUCAAGGCCAGGAACAAGGCUGUCGUCGACAAUCUCGGGUACGUGUGGGAGAAGGCCACCGAGGGGGAGUUCUUCAAGGUUCAGUACUCCAAGGCCAACAGGCUGCACGUGAGCCUGUUGCCGUUUUACUCGAAGAACGGCACGAUGACCAAGGACGCGUGGUUCUUGAAGAAUUGCAACUUUCCGGAACAAUUUUUGCAUCCGAUGUCGAGUAUCGAGUUUGCCGGCCGGCACGUGCCGAGUCCCAACAACAUAAGAGACUUUUUAGAUAUUAAGUAUUACAAGGGCGUGUAUGAGAAUCCGGAGUUGCCGGGAAAGUUUUCUCUCGAUUAGACAGAUAAUGGGAGGGAGGGAGGAAACGUUUUUUCCAUCUUCUUUAUCUUCUUCGCGACUGUUGUUGUUACGAUCGUUUUUUUUUC